GAUAACAAUGCAGGAUCUUCUUCGAAUCCCUCUUAUGUUCACCCAUCCAGCAUUGGAGGCAAGAUGCGCCCUUCGCUGAAUAGGUCUCUGUUAAACAAGCGUGCGCUUAGCGAUGGUAUCGGCGCCUCCUUUGAAGACGUCAUCACUGGCUCAGAGCCGGGCCAGAACGACAUCUACUGCCAGUUCAAGUAUCGCCAAGUCACGCCCAACGAUUUUGGCUUGACUACCGAAGAGAUUUUUCGCGCUGACGAGAAGGACCUCAACAAAUGGAUGUCAAUCAAAAGAAUCUGUGCCUAUCGGUACGAAUCCUUGCUUGUGUGUCUGUCGCUGACCGCUGCCACUUUUUUGUGCCCAUUCACUCCCAUGAGGGUUUACUGCCUGUAG